CAUACAGUGUUUUGUUUUUGAAACCGGUCGUAGUGUUUGUUAUUAUUUAAAUACUAGUUGUAUAAUUUAUAUAUCUGGUUAAACAUGACUACCUGGAUACCUCUCGAAUCUAAUCCUGAAGUAAUGACCAAGUAUCUUCAUAAGCUGGGUGUUCCAAAUAAAUGGUCGAUCGUCGACAUUUACGCUCUAGAGCCAGAUAUGCUAGCAUGGGUUCCACGUCCAGUUUUAGCUUUAAUUUUGUUGUUUCCCUGUUCCGCAAAGUAUGAGGAACAUCGAGCAGCAGAAGAUGCCAAAUUGACUGCUUCUCCGCAAGAAAUUUCUAAAAAUCUCUUCUACAUGAAGCAAACUGUACAUAAUGCUUGUGGAACAAUUGCUCUUGUACACAGUGUUGCUAACAAUACUGAUCAAAUACAACUAGGUGAUGGCGUUCUUAAACAGUUCUUAGAGGAUUCUGAAAGUGCUGAUGCACAAAGUCGUGGAAAUGGUUUAGAGACUUGUGAAGGUAUAAUGAAUGCUCAUAAAGAAUUAGCCAUGGAAGGUCAAACCAAUGCGCCAGGCUUAGAUGAGCCUGUAAAUCAUCAUUUUGUCGCUCUUGUGCAUAAAGAUGGUCACCUUUAUGAAUUAGAUGGAAGAAAAUCUUUUCCUAUAAAUCAUGGGACUACUACACCCAAUACAUUCUUAGAAGAUGCUGCCAAAGUGUGCCAAGGUUUCAUGGCUCGUGAUCCUGAUGAGCUACGUUUUACAGUGGUUGCUUUAACUCCGACUCCUCAGUAGAUUAAUUAAUUAAUCUUUAUCAAAAUGUUUAAUACAUUUGAAAUUGUAUUAUGCUUUAUUUUGAAUUAUCAUUGUGCUUAUAUUUGAUUUUCAAUUAGAUGCCGAUAUGAAAUAAGGUAUUUAUUUAAAAUAUUUGAGAAUAUGUUCUAAAAUGUGCUUCAGCUAAAUAUUUUUGUGAG